GAAGAAGACGCUCUGCUCUCUCCCCAGAGCCUCUCUGACCACGCUGUCGGCACAGACCCACCGGCAGGGAGGACAGGUCAAAGGCAUGCCAGCUUUUCCAUGAUGCCUGGCCAGUAACACCAGCCAUGACCUGGAGGGACAGGGACAAGAGGUAGUUUGGCCUUCUUAGCGAGGUCAGCCCGGAGCUCUGCCCGUUGAGGAGAGACCUUCAAAGGUGUUGAAUGAUGAGUGCAAUAAUGCCAACUCCUGCUGCUCCGUGGUGAGCUGUGACGCCAAACUCAAAUCUCUUUAGACCUGAAGCUGGACUUAACCCACGGUCCUGGUCUUAGAAGGAAAUGCUGUCUCUCCUCUGUGAUCAUCCCUCAACUCCGAACAUCUUCCAUUGAAAAACUGACCUUCCGCGCUAGGAGGCAAGGAUCAAAUGGGUUGAGAACAACUGGCCCUCCUUGUUUUUGGCAAAGAGGAUCCUUUGAUAUAUUUUUAAGUGCCAGGACAUGAGACAGUAAAUCCCUCCUUCCUGCACUCCUGCCUCCUGCAAACAGCCCCGACUGCGGUCCAAGCCAGCCAGUUAAAGGGUUAACCAUAACUGGAUGCCUGAAUGGCUGCCUUACUGAUCCCACGGAGGAACAGAGGGAUGAGGACUCGCCUGGGCUGCCUGUCUCACAAAUCAGACUCAUAUAAUGAUUUCACAGCUAUUCUUCCGGACAAGCCCAACCGGGCUUUGAAAAGACUCUCAACAGAAGAAGCAACAAGAUGGGCAGACUCUUUUGAUGUCCUUUUGUCCCAUAAAUACGGACUGGCCGCUUUCCGUGCUUUCCUGAAGACUGAGUUCAGCGAGGAAAACCUGGAGUUCUGGCUCGCCUGCGAGGACUUCAAGAAGACCCGCUCGGCAGCCAAGCUGGCCACCAAGGCCCAGCGGAUCUUCGAGGAGUUCAUCGACGUGCAGGCUCCCCGAGAGGUGAACAUAGACUUCCAGACACGGGAGCUGACAAGAAGAAAUGUGCAGGAGCCCUCCCUCUCCUGCUUUGACCAAGCUCAGGGGAAGGUGCACAGCCUGAUGGAGAAAGACUCGUAUCCCAGGUUCCUGAGAUCCAAAAUUUACACAGACCUGCUGUCUCAAACCCAGAGGAGGCUCAGCUAGAGCAGCUGUGGGGCCCUCAGAAACCAUGUGCUUCCCACAACAGCCAAAACCCAUGUCUAAACGUGAAAAUUUCUCGGUGUUAAAAGCAGUGGGAAUGAGAAAAGAGGGAGAAGGGGAAGAGGAGGCUUCCAGAUCAUGAUCCAGGCACGGUAUUAAGACUCUUUGACUUUCUGUGCUUUUUUUUUUUGGUUAGCAGUAGCACCUUGCAGUUGUUGCCUCCCUCUAGCACAAACCCACAAUUCUCUCUAGUCACGGGGUCAUCUGUUGGGAAGGCAGGUUUCCUUUAAAAUUACUGCAUUGGUUUGUGUGUAAAUAACACCAUGGCACCUCUCCAUCCUUCCAGACAUCUCCCUGGUUCUCACCUCUCCCCUGUGCUUGGAAGGGCCCUAAAGGCAGUUCUGACUCUUGUGAAGCCAUGUCCAGCCCAAAGCAGUGUCUCCCACACUGGCUGCUGGGGUCUGGACCCAGAGACCAAGGGGAGGGAGAGAGAAGGAGAAGGCACAUGAUUCAUGCUGCUUCUCAGUGCAGAAACCAUCAGCAAACUCAGCUCACCUUUCGAUUUUGGUUGCACACCUUAUGACACCAGCUGCUACCCUGUCACAGCCCCUUAGCCUUCAGGGAGGAGACCAAGAGUUGUUUGCCAUAGGACUGCCAAGGAGCUGAGAUUUUCUCAUGAGGAAGGUAAUCCCAAAAGCUCUCGCUGGAUGUGGUCAGACAAGUCUUCUAGUGCGACUGAUUGUUUUUCAUUAAUAUUAUUUGUUUGUGCUGUAGCUCAGCCUCAGGACCCCAGUUGUCGUUCAGGCUUCGUUGUGUUGGGCACUGUACCAAAACCUAACACGAAGAGGCUCCUGGCUGCCACAGACAUUAACAGGCUUGGUGGCUUCUCAGGAAUGAUCUGUUGGCUGUUGGGGGAGAGUCAAGAGAAAGAAUGUCCCCCCUGCCCCUUGCUGAGGUGUAAGAGAAGCACAAGACCUGUCUGCUACGGUAGAUGGUAUUUUUCAUGUAGUACCUGACCAGCGCAUGGCAACAUGAAAAAUCACAAUUAUAUUUUUAUUAUUCACUGAUUAUUGACUGUUGUUACCUACCAAUUGUCCACUGUGGGUUCAAUGCCAUCUACUAAAGACACAGACCCUGCUGCACGGUGCUUGUUUCAAACAGGAUAGAGGGAAGCAUGGAGUGAGCAGGACGGGUGUCCGGGUGUGCAGUGGGGUGUGAGGUGUCCUUUGGCCCUAUUCCCACAGCCUGGAUAGCCGCUGCAGGAGAAGACUCUGUGCAGAUGUCAGUGGUGUAGCACCUCCUCUGUGCUGUGCAAUAAUUCCUACCAUCUGAUGGCCCCAUUUCCACGGCAUUGCCGUUCCAGCUUGUUGGAUUCUUGCAAUAUUUUCUAGUGGAGAAGCAGACAGCCUGUCUGUAGAUUUGAGCCUACAGACCAGAGGUCUGUUUUCUUAAUUUUAUGAAGGCCUGGAAAGUGACCCCAUGGAUCUUUUCCUUCUCUCCAUCAUCGACAGACCAGAGGCUUUAAACCUCUGCUCUAUAUGAGGGUGGUGGGUAGAUUGGUUACAUCAGAAAGCUGCUGAUAAAGAUUUAGUGUAGUGUGGUGUAAACUAGGUAGAGUGAAUUCUAAAGCUAAGCAUGAUGUGUUUGGAAUGAGAUACAAAAAGCCUGCUUAGAUAUUAAAAAUUACUGUCCGUGAACUAGGUAGGAAACAGUUUUUGAGGCUUUCUGUGAGGAUGCUGUGCAGGACAUUAGAACAAAUAGCUUUAGGAGCAAGAUAGAGGUGGUAAGCAUGUUUGGUUUAUUUGGAGGUGUGUGGUCUCUAAGACACUAAAGUCCAGAUAUGGUACAAUUGCAAAUUUUAUGUUCGGUAAGGAAAUCUGCUUUUCGGUACCUGUUUAGUCAGGAACAGAAUUCUCCAGGUCUUUGGUAGGCAAAUAUCAUCUCCAGUUAACUUUCCCUGAGGACUGGCCAGAAAGAGCAGCAUGCUCUGGCGUCCUGGCCAGUGUUCUAAGCUGUCCUCUGCCCCUGCAAGGACACCUGAGGAGCAGGGGCUGGAGUGUGGUGAGAGAUGUGGCAUUCUGCAGCCACACUCAGGCUCAGUGGCACAACUUUUGGAAUUGUUGAGGUAUGUGAUGUCCCUAAUGUUGUGUGUCCAGAGAGAAAAUGCUCAAGGUCUGGAUGUUGCUUUGCAAAUUUGACUGUAGUGGCUUCAGGCAAAAGUCUGUGCUACUUGUUUGAAAGUGGGAGCAAUGAGAGAUGUCUGAAAAAUGCCCAGGAUUUGCCAUGAUUCAUCUAAGGGGUCCAUGUUGUGCAGUAGUUCCAACAGCCCAAAGCUUUAUGGCAAACAAGAUACUUGGCAAAGAAGGUGCAGUGGCACAGGUGUCUGGGGAAACCUGUGCAAUGCUGUGGAAGGAAUCAAAGAUGGAAGGAAAGGAUAUACAGCUGUGCAUCCAGUGGCUGUCCCUGGUGGUAUCUGGGCCAUAGGAAAUGGAGCAGAGUCACAUCACCUAUACAGACCCCUCCUGACCCAGGGGGUGAGGGCAAACCCCCCAAUGUUGUGGUGAAACACUCUCAGGGCUUGACAUGCAAGGGAGGAUUCAAAGCUUCCCUCACCGACAGUGAGGAGAGACUGGAAGAACUGCCCUUUCCAAGAGACACUGUCUAACACACCUGUGUAACACAGGAUGGACUGGGAUCUCUCAGGGGCACAGGCUGCUUUGGCUGAAAUAGUUCCCCCUGAGAUGGCCUGUGGCCCCAGCUGUACCCAGUGUCACUGCAACUGGUGAUCCCACUGCUGCCAAACGGCAGCUCAGCUUCCUGACACUGUGGCAUCAAACAAGUCCUGCAAGGGGUGAAGAGUGGCCACCUUGUCUGGCCCUGCCCUCCUCACUUUCAGCCUUCUCUCGCCUGCACAUGCAAAAAGCAUCCCAGUGGUGCCCAGGAUGUGAGAGCCAGCAGCAGGAGGCUUAUGCAGUCACAGCUUUUAAAGAGAAGACAGAAGGCCACGUUAACUGCCUUGUGGUACUUCUCUACAAGCCCCUGACAGACCCCCUGAGUGGGCUCGGAUGGUGCUGACCUCUAGUGCCAGUUGAUGCACCCCGGACAAGGCUCUGCAGCAAAGCCCCCCACGGUGGGGAGGGUCACAGAUACAGCCAGGAAAGGAGGACACAGAAUAAACAAGAUGUUUGUGCCAAGGAAUGGGAGUGAGGACAAUCCCCAGGCUUCCCUGAUGGCUACAAGGGCUGGUCCUGUUCAGAGUGUGACUCCAGAAGGUAACAUCUCUCCACAAGCUCCUCCAGUGUUGGUGCUGUUGUCCUCUCAGUUUAUGUCAGAACUCAUGAAGAAACUCCAAAGUAACCAACACCCUGUAAAUCCAAGCUCCCCACUCUCCUCCAUCAGCCUGGAAAAUUGCUUUGAGUGGGCGUAUCCAGAGAUGCCAUUGCUGCAGUGGUGACAGGAGCUGUAAUCACACUGGCUGGUGUAGGAGAAGUGUUUUGCCCAUUAAAGUUGUGCCAGAUAACAUCCUCCACGGGAAACAUCAUCCUAGAGCCCAGAGUGGAGCAGAAGUAUUGUCUGAGGCAUACGAGUCUAUCACAGUUAUUUUUGUUGCUGCUCUUACAGUUCGCCUCUCUUGAAGGAAAGCAGACUAGUUAUUUAAAGCAAAACUAUAUUUUUCUUAAACAAAAAAUUGGCACCAGCUGCUUCUUUUAUGCCAGAUGUCAGUCUGAAGUGAAUUAAAAUAGACAGCCUAUGGCUCUUCCCCUUAAACCAGGGGCUGAUCG